AUUUGUUUUUAUUGGUUUUUAAUUGCUGUAAACCGCUCAGAGAGCUUCGGCUGUGGGGCGGUAUAUAAAUGUAAUACAUAAAUAAAUAAAUAAAUAGAGAAGAAGAGAGAUGUGGUGAACAGAAUAUUAGGGUGGGGGUACAAACCCCUCCCUCCACUUGUCCAUGGAAGUUGUUGGUUCUUGGGACAAACACCACCUUCUCUCAGCCCGAUACCUCACGUGCUAUUGAGAGAAUAAAAUGCCAUUGGCUCCUUAGAAGAAAGGCAGUGAAUUUUUCAUAUAUUUUCAUCCUUCUCUCUUAUGGAUCUUUAUGUAAAAUCUGAUCACAGGCAUGAGGAUUGACAUUGCAGCUUCUUUUGGAUGAAAUUCUGAAGAUGCAAGAGACAUGCUCAACGGAAUGGCUGGGGCUAGAGAUUUGAAGGCCUGGGGAAAAUCCAGGAAAAAAGGGUGAAAAACAGGGUUUUUUUCUCCAGGCCUUCACAUUUUUGGCGGGGGUUACCUUCUUAACAGAUGUUCCUAAAAUGAAUACGGACAACUGUGCUUCAUAAAGUUAUAGGUUCUGAGGCUUCCUGCUGGUAAAGAUGCCGUCACGAACUAAUCUAGCAGCUUCAGUUCCCAGCAGCAAAGUGAAAUAUUCCAAGCUCGCUAGCACAGAUGAUGGCUACAUUGACCUACAGUUCAAGAAGAGCCCUCCCAAGAUCCCCUACAAGGCCAUUGCUCUGGCUACAGUGUUGUUCCUGAUCGGCACCCUUCUCAUUAUUAUUGGUGCUCUGCUUCUUGCAGGAUAUAUCAGCAAAGGAGGAACAGAUCGCGCUAUCCCUGUCCUGAUCAUUGGGAUCCUGGUCUUUCUUCCCGGCUUCUAUCACUUGCGAAUUGCAUAUUUUGCUUCCAAAGGCUACAGGGGCUAUUCCUAUGAUGACAUUCCUGAUUUUGAUGACUAGAGGGCUGCAGAAUGUGGCUUUUUCUUAAGAAGUUCUACACAGCGGGAAUGUCUUCACAAACUGGCUCCCAAAGGAAUAUACUGAGCAACUCAGAUAACGAGAUUUCCCUGUUGCUGGACAAUGCAACGUUUCAGCUGUUGUAAAAAUUACCGGUUUCUGCAGGAUUCCUCUUUGACUUGCUGGAGAAUGUGGCGACAUCAUGUAAAGUAGAUCAUGUGAGCGGCUAUUGGAGAAUCGUUUCUGCUUUCAGAGGGGAAGUUCUCUAUGGGCAGCAAAUGUAGCUGUGCCUGUUAACCCAGCACCACAUGUGUGCAAGAGCUUGAGUGAGAGAAACUCAGGGGUUUUUUUAAGUCCAAAGGUAUUUCUUCUUAGUUUUCUUUUUGUCUAGAGGUGUACACCUGCAAAGCUGAGAACAGGAACUAGUGGCUAAUGAUUGCAUCAUAGAGAAAUCUGUUCAGGAAAACAAUUGUAACUAGCAAUUUGCCCUGUUGGUCAAUUGUUUGCAAUUUAAGAAAACAUUAAGGUGGUUUGUAACACCAUCUAGAACUUAAGAUUUUCCAAGCAAGCCUGCUGCUGCCACUUAAUAGUUCUUCCUAGUAUUUUGUGAAACUCUGUUGUGAAAAUCUAGAAGAGGUGUGUAGCUAUUGUGGCUCCGGCUGCAGCCCAAGGCUGAUUGGGGCCCACCAGAAGACAAUGCCAUUCAUUAUUUAUCCCAUCCUGGGCAUUCUAAAUAAAACUAAGCAGUACAUAAAAACAGACUGUGCUGAAACAUACAGAAAAUUAGAUCCCUGGCUGAAAAAAGCACAUUCUGUAUGGUAAGCGUUAUUUCCUCUCAAACAAUGUGUUGAAGAGCAAAACCAACAAACCAAGAAAAAUCCCUCAUCAGGCCCGUAUCCCUCUUGCUGUUAAAACAAACAGAAAAAAGUAACACAUGCACAUGCUUGUAACCCAACAGAGCAACUAUUGAUAUUGUCCCUUCGUUUUGUGGAUGAUCUAAAAUACUCCAAAGCUGACACACACCUGAAUCAGAUCAGCUUCAUCCCCUGCUGAAGGCUGUUUGCCAAGGUUAGAUUGUAGGCUAGUUCAGUGUUACCCUUGCAGUCACAGGUGUCAUGGCAAAAGGUUUCCUGGAAUUUUUUUUCUGGUAGACUUCAAAAUCUGCUGUCAAGUGAGAGACAACUCUUCAAAGAUGCUGUCGUCCAUUCUCCCCACUAACUAAAUAAGCCUUCCCCAGCCUGGUGACUGCAUCUCCCAUUAGCCAUUGUAGUACAAGCUAUAGUGCAAAGCAUCUGAAGUGCAUCAGGUUGGAGAAGGCUAGCCUAAAGGCUGUGUAAUGUUCCUGAAAGGUAUGCAUAGAAAAUCUUCUCAGUCUACAUAACUAACUCAUUGUUGUCCUUUUUGUUUUACUUAAACCGUAUGCUUAUAUCUGGAUUACACAUUAGAUUUCCACAGCUUUUAGAAUGUUAAAGAGGGUGUAUGCAUUGAGAAUUUAAUCUGUGUUUGCAGAAUAAGUAUGUUAUUAUAAAGAACAUACUUUAUUCUACUUUGACUUAACACAAUUUUUCAUGCUGAAGAGUUCUUUUUUAUAUAUGAGGGUUCUAAAUGUUUGUUGAUAAUAUUGCAGGACAGCCACAAAAUGGGGACAGGCUGUUGAGACAAAAUCCCUUAUCCUGGUCAGUGGAAGUUCCACUUGACCACCUCCUUGCAGAACGUUUAUCAGAAAUUGCCUCCAAAUUUGUAUGCUACCAUGAGGACCACAAAUCCAGCUGAAGAGCUUGGCUUUUGAGGAGUUUGAGACAUCGGAUUCCAUGUAAACAGCCAAUACAUGUGAGUUUGGAACCACAACAUCCUUUUUGAAGAAGCAGCAACAGAGAGGAGAAAAGGGCUGUAGCUCAGUCCUAAAGCGCCUGCUUUGCGUGCAAAAUUUCAGUCUCUUAACGGCACCUGCCAACAUACCUUCAGAAACAUGAAAGUUUCUUUUCUUUACUAAAAAUGAAAGCUGCUCUUUUCCGGAAUCCACAGCCCUGUUCUGCACCUCCACCAAAGUGUAUGAGCCACCCAGUCUUGCUUGUAGUUCCCUGAAGAUAGGGCAAGAUAUCAUUGUUAUGUUCAGAAAUGAAGAGCUAAUGUUUUAAAAAAGGAUAUUCAAGUCUACACAAUUUGUCAUCCCUAGAGUGUAGGUGAGGCUCUGCUUUUGCCUCAAUUAAUUUAUAUUCCCCAAAAUAAACUCUUGACCAGAAGCAUUUUUAAAGGGAAGCGGCAGGGAGAAUUUGAACACUCUGCUGUUUGCUUUUCUUGUCCUGUCUCUUAAAAUGCAUCUAAUACAGUUGAAUCCACAAAACUGUUGCCGAUUAAUAAUUUACAAGAAAUGUUUCAUGGGAUGGGUAGGUAAAAUGACCUUGAAUUAGAGGUGAGCAGUGGGGCCCAAGUUUGUUGACAACAUAAACGUGUCCAUGGUAGUUAAAGCAAAAAUGGAUAAUGAAGAUCUCCAAAACGAUCUCUAAAGUGAGUGUGAAUAGGCAGUAAAAUGGCUAAAUGUAAGCAAGUGUAAAGUAAUGCACAUUUGUGGCAAACAAUCCUAACUUCAUGGUGACUGAUCAGGAAAGAGAUUGGAGUUGUGGUGGAUAUCUUAAAUAAAUGUCCGGGGGGAAAAGUGAAUCCCAUGCCAAAGUCAGAAUGCUGUUACACAGAUCGUGCUCUGAAAAAUCAUGCGUUCAGUUCUGGUUGCCUCACUUCAAAAAGGAUGUUGUAGCACUGAAAAAAGUUCAAAAAAGGGCAACCAAGAUGAUCAAGGGGAUGGAGUGACUCUCCUAUGAGGAAAGGUUGCAGCGUUUGGGGCUCUUUAAAAAAUGAGUGAGAGGACACAUGAUGGAGGUGUAUAAAAUUAAGCAUGAAACACAGGAAGAGAUGUGUUUCUCCUUCAUUAUACCAGAAUUCAAGGCUAUCCAGUGAAGCUGAAUGUUGUAAGUUACAGAACAGAGAAAAGAGGCAUUUCUUCCCCCAGGACAUAAUUAAACUAUGGAAUUCGCUUCCACAAGAGGUACCAAUGGCUACCAACGUGGAGUGCUUUAAAAGGGGUUUAAGCUGAGGUUAUCAGUGGCAGCUAACCACAGUGCCUGUUGUGGCUGUCUUCACUGUUGGAUGUUGUGUUCCUUUAAAUACUAGUUGCUGGGAAUCAUAAGUGGGCAGAGGAUUUCUCAGGUCCUCCCUGCGGGCUUCCCACAGGCAUUUGAUUGGGCACUGUGAGAACAGGAAGUUGGACUAGAUGGGCUUUUGGCCAGAGCCAGCAGCACUCUUUUAUGUAAUAAAAAGGAUAUUGCUGUUAGCACUUAGAAGACCAUCUUUUGAAUCAAAGAAAAAAAAGCCUUUUUGGCUCAUGGGAGAAAGUGGCUGAGCUGUGUACAAGGGGAGAACUGGGGGGGGGGGAGUCUGUGCCAACAAUUUCCUUUCCUGAGAUUGCCUAGUGCUUGAAAUGUAUUUUAAUAUUCUUAAACCGGAAGAAAGUAUCCAUGUAACUGACAAGGAGAAGUAGUUCUGUUCUGUUUGGAUGUCUAGAAAAUGGUAACUUUCUUGAACUAUGGUUGGGCAGUACUUUUAAUAGGGCCAACCAAAAGUCAUAAAAUUGAGAGCAAGCUUCUAGUAUUUGAGUCAACUCUAUGGUCACUGUUAAUCAGAGGAUGGAUGGUGGUUGGCCUGUCUCAUCCAACACUGCGGCUACCUCUUCCUUGUUAAUUAAACAAAUUCAGUAUUUCUGCUCAGUCUUCUGAUUCAGAAAGAGCAAGCUGACGUCGGUCACCACUUUGCUGUAUCAUGCUGACCUAUUUUUCCUCUUCCAACUGCCAUGCGCUUUCCCUGUAUCUGAUCUCAGUGCCAAUUCCCAGAUGUUCCUGCUUUAUCAGCCAGAUGACUACAAUUCAUUGAGCAAGAACUGCUGCUGGCUGCAGGAGCUGGCGAGGGAAGUAGUCAGCUGAUAUGUACAGAUGAGUCAGUGUUCUGGCAGCAUGUGCCUGGGUGCAUAACUUUAACUUCAAUAGAGGAAUGACUUGGAGGGGAAAAUACAUCUUGAAGUUGAAACAUGGAGAUGGGAGUCAUGAUGGGGUAAUUGUAAGGCUUCUUAUUUCAUGAUCAUCCAUUUAAUGCACACUCACCUUUGCUCCUGUUUGCCAUACGAAGAGAUAUGUGCUGCAGUCACCUCUGGAGAGCUACAAUUGUGUUUGAGCAAAAGUCUGGCUGCAAAGCCUUUGCUUUUGUGCUUGUAGUCAUAUCAUAGUUCUCCACUUCCCAUUGAGCAGUUGAGAGUCUUGCUGCUAUCAUCUGUCAUGGCCCCGUCAGAGGACUCCUCAGAUGAGGACGACUCGGGAGUAACAGCAGCAGACCCAGGAGCAGCAGACUCAGAAGGAGACAUGGAGGAGCCUCCUGAGAAUCCAGCUCCUUCUCCCCCUCAGCUGCAGAGCACCCCAGAUACACCAGAGUCCCUGCAGCCAGACACAGACAGUGAACAGGAUACUCCCCCCUCACCUGCAGAACGUAGACAGCAGAAGGUCAGGCAGAAGAGAGGCAGGCCUGUCUCCUUAAGGCCCAAACGCUGAGGGCUCACACCUGCUGUCCAUCCUGCUCUUUAUAAGGCACACCUUGGCUGCAGCUUGUUGCUGACUGCAAUGUCAGGCGUGGCUUUGUGUAGACCUAGUUUUCCUGCAGCAUCUCUUUGACUGACCUCCUUGGCAAUUGAUCCCGGACCUCCACUGACCUCGCUUCUGGACUUCUGACUCGGCAAGUACGCUUCGGAUAGGCCUGGCAGAUUUACAACCCGACUGCUAGCUAAGGACUUUCCUUCCCUGCCAAAGACCCAGGAAUUUCCAGCCCCCCCCCCCGGACACUGCUGAUGCAGUGUAGAGCUGACAUCAUCGAAGCCAGCCUGGAUUUUUGCUUUGCAUAAAUAUGGACACAAAGACCUGGAGGCCAAGAAAAAGAUUACUUGGCACUCCAUUCCUCUGCUUUCUUUGAUUUCAAGCCACAGUGCUUGUUUCUUCCCUCCCUUUCUUACGGUCUUUCUGAGAGCAUCAGCGAAUGACAUUUUCUAGGGCUUUGGCUGUAGGAGGAAAAAUAUCUGAUAGAUGAACCAUAUUAAAGAGAGUUGCAGGCUCUUGCUGCUUGUGUGCAAGCACAUGUUCUACUAUUUCUCAGUGCACACACACAAGUUGAAAUUUCUGUAAGCCACAAAGGGAAGACUUAAAAUGGCAGGCACACAGAAUUGCAGCAUUUGUACUGCACCUUGAGAUGCCAAAGAGAGGAGUGGGGAACUGCAGGCAGUGACUGGCAGACCUGCAUGUAUGUCACUGCAGUAACGUGGACAGGUGUGCAAGUGUAACUAAUCCAGGAUCUCCUCUUUCUAUGAAGGUAGGUAGGAUUUGCAGGGGGUAUAAAUGUAAAAAAGAAAUAAAACCAGUUUGAGCACUGCCUGGGGAAUCAGGCAGCCAGAUCUCUCUUGGAUGCAGAUUGUCGGGGGUUAGCUGUUCCUCUGUUUCCUUUAGUACAAAUGGUUUUACCAUAAUUGCAGUCCAAGAGAAUCCAAACCGCUUGCCCCAAAGCUUCUGUUUUGGCUCUAGGGAACUGGGUACAAUUCACAACUGCUCUUUAGUGACAUCCAGUGCUAAAGUGAGAGCGAGGCCUGAUCCGGACAUGUAAGGAAGGCAGGGUGAGGGAAAUGAGGGAGCGCUCCAGUUUGUAAAUGUUCCUUCACCCUGGCCCACAGAUCCCCAUGCACGGUAGGAGGCUGCAGAGACAGAGCUGUUUAUAGGAUUGCAUUAAAUAUGUGGUGGGAAAUGGGUGCAGUGGGGAGCCUGGGGAAGUAGCUAAGCUUAGAAGUCAGGAGCAAGGAUGACUUCAAGACGUUUGAGAAGCUUCUUCAGCUUGCCUGUAAUGUUGCUGACUGGUGGCUUCCCUUACCCCACUGACUGUCCUCCUCUACCAUCACAUCUUCCUUGGGCUUGUCACAUCAGCCUGUGUUGCUCUGAACUUAAUCUGACUGGCUGGCAGAUCAAGAGGCAGCCUGCCUCACCAAGCCUUUGUUUUAACCAGUGCUCAAAUUAGUUUUAUUUAUGUAUUUAAUAUUUAUAUUUUAUGUAUUUAUUUAUUUGUAAUUAGGGGCUGCUGCCCCCACUCGCUUGACCCACCAACCCUGCCUACAGUCAUGAAAGUCCUCCCCUGGUCCCCCCCAUGAGUCACCAAAGCUCCCCCUUUAUGCAAGUGUGAUGCUUACAAAACUAAUAUAGGAAGAAAUGUAUAGCCUGCCCUUCAACAUGUUAUUUCAGGGAGGUUACAACAAAUCAGGUUACAUUAAAACAGUUGAAAAAUACAUACACAGCUGUAUUUAAAACUUCAUUCAACAUGUGACAUUCUGGUUGUCUUGAGUGUGGAUUUUUGCAUUUUUCUAAUAGGACAACAUGGUUCCUUGUUCUUUUUCUGUGUCAAGAAAAAGGGUUUACAUCACCCUUGAUGCAUUCAAGGCCUUUGACUCCUGCAGUCCUAAAACAAGGAUUACAGAAGUAUAAGGUUGACAGUAAAUUCCUUAAUGUGAUAGGAAAAUUAUACUCAGUGUAAUCUGCAGUGACAUGUACAAUUAAUUUGGACUCCCACCCUUUUUAGCUAUCAAGGGUUACCAAACAAGGGUUCCUAUUGUCAUCCUUACGAUUUUGGAACAGUUGCCCAAAUCUUGAGACUAAAAUCCAGGGCUACAGCCUCAAACAUAUGCAGCAUUUAAUCAGCAUGUCUGCAGACCACAUCGCUUUAAUGUUAUCUCACGCAGUGGAGAUAUUCCUCUGAUUGUUUCCAUAAUCAAGGAGUACAGGGAGGUAGCAGGAUUCAGUAUUUCAGGGAAUCUGCAAACCUGUGUCUCUAUGAGGAGGCUGCUGUGCUUUGAGCUUUGUGGUUAUAUGAUUAGCUUUUCAUUUUCAAAUGGGUUUAAUUGUUUUUAACCAUUUUAAAAUGCUGCAAUUUGCUUGGCAGCACUAAUUGACAUAUAUAGGCACCGAGUACAUUUGCAUUAUCUUUUUACAGAGGUAAAGGGUUUUCUCUGUAUUGCUGCAAGCCGCCGGCUGGGAGUCCUUCACUGUGUGAUAUUUUUGGGUCUUUUGAAAUUUUCAAAACCAACACAACUUGUGCAGGGAGUGGAUCCUGAUUUAUAAACUCUUAUUAUUACUUUAAUUUUUUAAUAUUAUAUAUUUUUAAACCCUUCUGGGUAAUGGUUGCUGAUUUUUGCAAAUACAGCAUAAUAUCCAGCAUUACAUUAGAGGAACCCUAUUUAAACAACUGAGAGUAAGAGUGUCUAACAACAGUAGAGAUGGGGAAACAAAACAUCCAGGAGUUUCGAUAAGGAUGAUAAUGAGGUGCUUCCAAGUUUUGAACAAAGCGCUUUGGAGAAUUAUCUCUGGCCAAUGGAAGUUAAGCGUAGCUCUGAGAAAUUUGCAAUUCCAUUCCAGAACCGUUUUGAAUCUCUGUGCUCAGAAGUGAUUGAUGAGAGAUCUGAGCUGGAUGAGACUAAGGCUGCCAGUGCAUCUCCCCCUUUUUUGACCAAAGAGGAACAAAGUGCAGAAAAGCAGAUCUGCUGGUGAAACAAUGUCUGUUGAUUAGCCAGGCAGUUCAAUCUAUUUAUAAAAUGCUGGUAACAGUGGAGAUGCUGGAUUACUUAAUUAAGAGGCACCCUCCAUUCCUGUGCCCUUCAAUGUUCAUCUUCAGGAGGUACAGACAAAGAUCAGUCAAGCACACUUUUUUUACCUUGUCCGAGGGUAAAGAAAUAAGAACUACAGCCUAUCUAAACAGCUUGGUAUUGAGACCAUGUGAAAUUAUAGUUCACCUGCUCCCAUAUAGGGGACCUCUCCCUAAUUGGGGAUCGGUCUUCUGGGCCAGACAACAUUUGAAAAUACUGCUGGCUCCCUCCUUAGGUAACAUAGACCUCAAAUCAAUCAAGAGGCUCUUUAAUAAUGGACAAACUCAAAAUUCUCUUAAUUUUCAGCCCCUGAAGAAUCCCAGCAUUGAUAAUGGGAAAGGAAGAUCAAUUAGCCCAGAAAGGGGUGGUCCCUUACCGGUAUUUUAAAGACACAAUAGUAAGACCACUGGUGCUAUUUAAAAAGGAUUUGGGGAGAAAAAGUUACCUCUUCACUACCCACUUAGGUAGUGGUGAUCUAAUUUGGUGGGACGAUCUGACCAUAGUGUCUAUUUGAGAUAAAACUGCAAUGGAGGAAAAUCUUAAGGCCUCUAUACUAAUGACUUCAGAUCUGAGCAAGCCAGCGCCAAACAGCCCAGCCCCAGGACAGCUGGAUUGGACCGAGCCAGCAGAAGGAGGCCUGAUAAUCACCUUUCAUAAACUUCCCAAUAAGGAACAAUGUGAAAUUAUGAACAAGUCAGAUGAGGUACAGAUGCUUAAACAGCAAGCUACGGGGGAACAGUUGCAGACCAACCUUUCUCUAAAGCUACUUCACCCAAAUCUACAAUCAAAGGAAUUAUUGAACCGUUAUAUCCCUGGACACAGAGCUGCUCAUGGAGGGUGUCCCUCUGCAAACACCAGAUAGGAAGGAUGUGGCUGGAACUAUACCUGAGACGGAGUAAUGAUCAUUCUGACAGAAAAAUCACUCGGUCAUCUAGGGAUUUAUUCUACUUGGAAUGGACAGCCCAUGCUACGCAGAAAAAACAAUCAUCUUUGCUAAUAAAAACCACCAACCCUUGAGGAGUGGCUGGACUUUAGAUAUUUACAUGAAAAUGCAUUGGGCUCCCUUGGACCAAAGGUUGCUGCUUUGCCCAUUAUGAAAUUGAACAUGGAAGGUGCAGCCCUACCCACUCAGGACCAGGUAGAGAACCUUUGGUUUAGAGGGCCAAAGGCUAAGCAAGUACAAGCUGAAAUAAACUUUUUGGCCUCGAAAGAAGAGGUACACCCCAAAUGGGAGAGCUAUAGAGAACGAAAUAGGGCAAUCACUUAGAACAAUAAUGGUGAAUUACAGCUGCUAUCUCGAGAUGGAUAGCCGUCCUUUAUGACUGCAGAGCUCAAGAAAGAACCAAAUUCUGAUAUUGUCAUGGAAUAUAGCUGGGUGGGGGGCAAAGAGCAUAGAUAAUGCAAUGGGGGAGUUCUUGAGAGGUUUUUACUCGAUUCUAUUGCAAGAAACUUGCACAAUAGAAAAUAUUGAUUUUCGUGGAUUUUCCUGUCUUUAAAAAAAAAUGGGGUCAUCCCACCAAUGAGUUAGCGUGAUUUAUUUCAACAUCAUUGAGGGAGAUUGGAGUAGUGGACACAUAUGUGACAGCUUGGAUUGUAAAGAUUGCAAAUUAUAGCCUUAUUGUAAUUAAUGUGUAUAUACAUCCUCCAUCACCCUAUGCUGACCCAAACGUAUGGUAUAAAAUGGAGAGUCUUUUGAACCAAUUGGGGGAACAAUAUCUUGAUACUCCAGUAUUAAUAGCAGGAGACUUUAAUGCCAGAAUUGGGAAAGAAAAAGAGUAACAUCUAAGGAGAGAUGAAGUGAGACUUGCUGCAGGAAUCCUAGACUCAAGCUUGACUUUGCCUAUAGUUACGGUCCGCUUUCACCUGUGGUCUGUCCCUGUGUUCUGAUUCUUCAUGAACUGAACUACUUAGGCGAGGACAAUGACCUCCUGAGCUUGGCUUUGAUGCUGCAUUAGGUAUGUCAGUUUUAGAUUCCACUCAGACACCAAACUUGUCUAUACUACAAGUUUAGGGAAAGACAGAGAGGAAAUAAAUACUAUAGGGUGUGUUUGUUAAUGCCUUCUUUAUUUAUUUAUUUAUAUCCUGCCCUUCCUCUCAGCAGGAGCCCAGUGGCAGGAGCCCAGCGUGGCACUUCUUGAGAGUCCCUCGUUUCAGUUUUGUCUUUAGAUUUUCCUUCCUGUUGGACAAUCAACAGAAAACUUUUUAGGUGGCUGCUGUACAAAGGACUCUCUAAGUAAUUGGAAACUAUUUGUGGAAAGUAAUUGGUGCAUUUUUUUUAUUAUUGGCUGCCGGGUUGAUUUUUCUGUACAAAACCCAGAAAAGACCCUCAUGCUGAGCGGUGCGUAUUGGGAAAAUGAGAGAUCAGAUAUUCCUCUAGGGCUGUUUUCAUCCUUUGCCAUCAAGUAUGCAAGAAAAAGAAGAAAAAGAACUGUAUGACUGUGAGUACAGUGAGUAAAGAGUAAAAGGUUACUUAAGGUAGCCAUUUUUUCAGAUCACUUUAAGUUAUCUUUGUAUUUCACCCUUUAGCAAUCAGCACCCAGUCCUAUUCUGCUCAUUAUAAUAACUGCAGAAUAAACAAACUCUUACUCCAUACUAAAAGUAAACAAGCAUGCUUCUCUAUUGCUGGCUGGAUAGAGAACAAAACUGAACUGGAAACAGAAAAGCAGGGCAAAGGAAAGUCUGAGGGGUGGAGUCUAGCCCAUAAUACAAAGUUCUAAUAUGUAACUUUUCAAGGGUCAUGUUCCUAUUUUUUUGUUCUGUGCCUUCAGGUCGACUACGACUUAUGAUGACCCUAUGAAUCAGCGACCUCCACGAGCCUCUGUCAUGAACCACCCUGGUCAGAUCUUGUAAGUCCAGGUCUGUGGCUUCCUUGAUGGAAUCAAUCCAUCUCUUGUUUGGCCUUCCUCUUUUUCUACUCCCUUCUGCUUUUCCCAGCAUUAUGGUCUUUUCUAGUGAAUCAUGUCUUCUCAUGAUGUGUCCAAAGUAUGAUAAACUCAGGUUCAUCAUUUUAACUUCUAGUGAUAGUUCUGGUUUAAUUUGUUCUAACACCCAAUGAUUUGUCUUUUUCGCAGUCCAUGGUAUCCACAAAGCUCUUCUCCAACACCACAUUUCAAAUGCAUUGAUUUUUCUCUUAUCAGCUUUUUUCACUGUCCAACUUUCAUAUCCAUGCAUAGAGAUCGGAAAUACCAUGGUCUGAAUUGUCAUGACUUUAGUGUUCAGUGAUACAUCUUUGCUUUUGAGGACCUUUUCUAGUUCUUUCACAGCUGCCCUCCCCAGUCCUAGCCUUCUUCUGAUUUCUUGACUAUUGUCUCCAUUUUGGUUAAUAACUAUGUGAAGGUAUUGAUAAUCCUUGACAAGUUCAAUGUCCUCACUGUCAACUUUAAAGUUACAUAAAUCUUCUGUUGUCAUUACUUUCGUCUUCUUGACGUUCAGCUGUAAGUCCUGCAUUUGUGCUUUCCUCUUUAACCUUCAUCAGCAUUCGUUUCAAAUCAUUACUGGUUUUUGCUAGUAGUAUGGUAUCGUCUGCAUAUCUUAUCUCGCCCUAACCCCUCACUUCAGCAACGUUUGGUGCAUUUCCUGGCUGUAAAGUGGGGACAACACACAUGGCUUCCCCUUGAUUAAUACUGAUAAAGUCUAGUAUGAGAUUUUUAAAUGCAAAAUGUUUUUCACAGGAAGUGAUCCUAUCUUUGGGUUAUACCUACUAGGUCAAGACAGGACUGCUAUAAACUCUCCUUGAACCAGCAGAAGAAAGUGAUAGGCUGCUGCAGCACUACCUUUGCUCUAGAAAGAUGUGAUGUCAGGGGGUAACCCUGCCAGCAAAAGGGGCAAAUGGGGGCAGAUUUGGAGGCAGAAUGCUGAAGCAGAGCUUAGUUGGAAUCCUUUGCUUGCUCCGAGCCAGUCUCAUCCCUGACAACAGCAUAACAUUAUGCUUGCAGGACAGGAACGGUCACUGAUUGGAGUAAAUUAUCAACCCCAAAUGACUCCCCACAACCACUUGAAUUCCAGUUAGCAGCCAGUCACAGUACACUAAUAGCAUAUAAGCUCUAGCAAAGGAGUACAGUUUAUAAAUCAAGACCUGCAGACAUGAGGCUACACCCAAGUCUAUACAGGGGAUGGAAAAUCUGUAGCCUUCCAGAGAUGGUUGGACUCCAACUCCCACCAGCUCCAGCCAGCAAGACCAAUGGUCAGGGAUGAUGGUGGCAGAACUACAGACAGAUAGGAACUUUGGUGAAAAGACACUUUGCACAAGCAUGAAUGAUAAGGGUUAGAACUUGUAUUGAAAGGGCCGAUGAAGAACACUUGCCUCCUCAAAGAUCAGGAGUGGGGAACGCAUGUGGUGGACUAUCCUAUCAAAGCAGGAUUCAUAAACACCCUCCCUAAAAAACACCAAAAUAUGCAAAGCAUUCAAACACUCAUGGCCAAAUAGUGGAAGAUUCAGGACAACCCAAAGAAAGGGCUUAAUCUUCACACAACACAUAGUUAACCGAUGGGAGAGGCAGAGAUGGCCACCGACUUGGACAGCUUUAAAAGAGGAUUAGACAAAUUCAGGGAGGAAAAGGCUAUCCAUGGCUACUAGCCACAAUAGCUUUGUUUUGUCUCCUUGAAGGCAAUAUGCUUCUAAACACCAGUUGCUCUUCUUACGUUCUUCUGGGAACAGGCUGUAAAUGGGUGCAGUGUUAAAUUCAAAUUCAAAAGAGAUCCCAUGCGCACUGAAAAAAACACAGCCCAUGAAUGGUAAAAUAACUAGAAACUCACUCUUCAGGACUUGGCCUCUUCACCCUCAGCCUCAAUUCUGUCUCCCUUUUCCACCUGUGAGCUCUCUGACAGGGCCAGCACCAAAGGGCAGCCAGGUGGGGUCCUGUCCAAGGGCCCGGCAGCCCACAGGGCCCGCUGAAGGGCCCCUCAUUAGGGCGGGGGAAUAGGGGGAGUAGCAUUCCCUUUCCUCAAUCCACAGCAGGGUCCCUGCCACAGAUUGCAGGGAGGGAGCUGCCCGCUGGCUCGCUGCCCACACCCACUCGCGCCCACUGUCCCACCCCCUCCCGCUCAGUAGGUAGGUAGGUGGGGUGUGCAUGCAUGCAGGUGCCAGCACCCAGGCCAGGCUGGUGCCUAAGGGCCCUGUCAUGCCUGGCGCCAGCCCAGCUCUCUGAGCUUAGCGCCUCCCUUUGCAGGAAGCAAGACUUGCAGUUGUAUUUAAACGCAGCACCAAAGCAAGUUCCGCUGGGAUAGGUUCCACUUGGGAGUUUCAGUCAAAGCUCCUGGUGGAGCCAAUCCUUGCAAAAGCAGCUAGGCUUGCAUUCUGUGCCAAAUCCAUGCUGCUGGCUUCAGAUGGUUUGCAAUGCGGCUUGCAUUUGGUACUGUUUAAAUUCUUCACUAAAUGGAAGCCCCAGUCCUGUGUGGUGAACUUGGAUUGACAAGUGGGCAGACUCAGCCACUUGUCAGAAGUGUCCUUGCAAAGGGUAAGCCACUUUUUGAUCGCCGAACAAAAGUGAACCCCUACCCCUGCCCUAAUCAAACACAAGGAGUGUAUUGUUAUAUGUUUUACUAUCAGAUUUCUGUGAAUGGGACAGUCACUGUGGGUUGCCUUGUGGCAUACCUGGCCAGAGUCGUGGUCUGGAUCAUAGCCUGUUAAUAGCCCAGGGCAUUUUGGUAACUCUUUCCAUGGAAGCUAAUUGAGAGAAACAAUCUUCCUUAAGUCUUCUGAAGGGCUAGGAAGUACCUAAAAAGAGGCAUACCUUUCUCUCCCCAGAGCUUGGGAAAGUUACUUUUUUGAACUAUAACUCCCAUCAGUCCAAUCCAGUGGCCAUGCUGGCUGGGGCUGAUGGAAGUUGUCGUUCAAAACAGUAUCUUUUCCAAGCUCUGCUCACCACUCCUAUCCAAGGAUGGCAUAAUCUAGGCAUCUGCAAGUGCAAGGGAACACACACACACACACCCCGAACAGCCUCCACCCUGAUGUUUGAGCCAGAGCCAGAUGUUUUAGUGAGAUGAAAAUAGAUGAAACAGACAGAAAGUUGAGUUUGGACUCUGUAAUCUAACAUUUUGGGGCAUUGACUGUCUCUCUCUGAUGUGGGAGCAGCGGAAAGACUGUAGUGCAGUGGCAGAGGACCUGCUUUGCAUGCAGAAGGUUCCAUGUUCAGUUCUUGGCAUCUCCAGGUAAGGCUGGGAGUGACCCAUGUCUGAGCUCCCAGAGAGCCUCUGCUGGUUGGUGCAGAUGAUACUGAGCAAGGUGGACUAAUGGUGUGAGUAUAGGACAGCUGCCUGUUUCAGCGGCCUUGGGCUGCCUGUUGGAGUGUUUAGCUGUGCCUUCACCUAAACCUGUAUACUUGAGUCAGUUAGUUAGUUUAUUUACAGUCACAGACCCGUAUUUAAGAACAAUACAACAGUAUAUAUAAACAAAAAAAAAAACAAUAUACGCAGCAAAAGUUAAAUACAUGUAAGAGAAAUGCGUUUUUGUUGGGCCGCAUAAACAAACUUAGCAACUUGGAAGGUGAUUUCUUUAUCAGAACCAGAUAGCAAAUAAACAAUGGUAGCUUCAGGCGACUUAUGAGAAGCUUUUAGCAGUAUAUCAUUAAGAAACUUAAAGCGAAUCUGAGAGUACAAGGGGCAUGAGAAAAAGCUAUGAUGAAGGGUUUCAAUACCUGCACCACAAGGGCAGACACGCUGCUCAUAGGGGACCCCCCUGAACCUCCCUUCCAGAACCGCAGAAUAUAAAACGUUAAACCUGGCUUUGGAGAAUGCUAGGCGAAAUUUAGGAAUUGUAAGCAGAUCUAAAUAGGAACUAAACUUUUCAGGGAGAGAGUUUAAUUUCAAGUACAAUGGGGAACAUAUUUUAGAAGCUAAGGAGAUUGUAGUUUGAUAAUCAAUAUCCUUAAUUCGUGAGCGUAUUAUAGCUAAAGCAUCGCUUGGAGAAUGAGAUAGUAAGUAUUCCUUUGAAAGACCCAUUUGUAAUAGUUUCAUUUCCAAUUUAUGGUUCCAUUUUGAUGGCCAAUUAUCAUUCCAAAAUAAGGAUAGAAGGCCAGAUGUGAUAUUAGUUGAUAUUUUGACCCAAUAAUUUACAGUCGCCAGCCAAGCCUGGCAUUCCAUUGAGAUAAACCCACAUUCUAAUCUAAGCACCGCCAAGGGCGCACAUCCGGGGACACCUACCAAGCGUCGUAAAAAAGAGGAAAGUACUGCUUCAACUGUAUGGUCCAAGUAAUGAAUCCAAAUUUGGGCUCCAUAUAGAAUUUGGGGAAUGAUUUUAUUUUUAAAUAUCUGAAUGACCGCAGGAAUGAAUUGUGCCCCUUUAUAAUAAAAAUAACGAAUCAGGCUAUUUAGGGAGUUCUUAAUUCUCCUUAGCGUCAUUCUUAUAUGAAAAGACCAAUUCAUUGAAGAAUGGAAGGUGAUGCCAAGGUAUUUAUAGUGGGCUACUUGUUCAAUUGGAUGUUCGUUGACUGUCCAAACUGGGGUGAUUAUUCGCUUGGAAAACACUAAAAUUUUCGUUUUAUCGAAAUUUAUUGUUAGAUGGUUCUCUAUACAAUAGGACAUAAACGCCCUUAGUGUAUGUUUUAGGCCAACCUUCGAUAGUGAGAGAAUCACAGCAUCGUCCGCAUAUAGUAACAAAGGGCAUCUCUCAUCCGCAAUCUUGGGAGUAUGGAAAUCAUGAGAUAGGCAGUGUUCAUUCAAGUCAUUUAAAAAUAGAUUGAAAAGGAGAGGGGCAAGUAUACAUCCCUGUCUCACCCCUGUGGACGUGGGGAUAGAGUUAGUUAACCCGCCCUCUUUACCACAGCAUACACGUAGGGAAGUCUGUUGAUGCAGAUGGUACAUCAAAAAUAAAAGUCUUUUAUCAAUAGAAGUUUUGGAUGAUUUAGACCACAGAAUAUCCCGAGGGAUCGAGUCAAAUGCAGCCUUUAAAUCAAUAAAGGCGACAUAUAAACCAUUGCCCUUCUGUUUGCUAUAUUUUUCCGCCAGAUGUUGUAAAAUAAGGCAGUGAUGUAAAACGGAUGAACGUUUUCUAAAUCCUGCCUGUUCCUUAACAAGUAUAUUUUGAUCAUCCAUCCAAUUCUGGAGUUUAACUUUCAAGUAAGACGCAUAUAGUUUAGCAAUGACUGAUAAGAGACUGAUGGGAUGGUAGUUAGAGGGAUCCUCUCUAUCCCCUUUUUUAAAAAUGGGAAUGACUAUUGCUUCUCGCCAAGAUGAUGGGAAAAGACCCGAUUCGUUAAAUCUGGUAAAGAGUUUUGCAAGCAGCGGGGCCCAACAAUCUGGAAAAAAAUUUAAAAGUUCAGGAGGAAUAUUGUCUGACCCGGGCGCUUUGCCUGUUUUCAGCCUGACAAUCAGAGUCCUAAUUUCAAUUGGACUCACGGGCAGCCAGGGCGUAAGCGAGGAGGACUCGGGGUGAGAAUGCAGAAGUGACCUUAGAGCAGUCAUUUUUAUAUAGGGACAUAAAGUAACAUUCCCAGGUAUGGGAAGAGAUGUUACAAAUAACCAGACGCGAAGGUCUAAAGCAUUCGAGAUUAUUGACCAGAAUUUUGUUGAGUUUUUAUUCCUAGACACUCGUAUGAGAUUAUUCCACUCCUCUUUAUCUGCUAAGUUUUUUUUAGCAGCUAUAGUUGCCUUGUAUCUUCUUUUAAUUAAAUAAACAUUGGAGGAAGAUGAUCCAGUUGUUGUUGGCGGUAUUGAAGAUAAACAUAACAUAACUGGCGUUUAAGCAAUAAGCAAUCUUUAUCGAACCAUUUGGGGCCCCUAUUCCUACGUGCCUUGUGGUCAGCAAACGCAAAACUCAUUAUAUUGUUAAACAUAUAAAUUAAGGAAGUAUAUACCUUAAGAAGUGCAUCUAAAGAAUCUAAGUUCAUUAAGUGCCUCCUGGUGUCCAAAGUUUUUGGAGUUAACAAAAAAACUUCUAUCCUAGAGGCUAAUGAGGACGUCCAAGUGAAUCUCUUAUAUUGAAAGUUAGAGUAGUUUACUGUGGGGUUAAAAUUGGAAGUUAAGCGGAACCUCUCAGUGAUACGGCAUGAGAGACAGGGGCAGGUGAUCACUAUUUAGUUUGUUACCGAUAGCGAAUUUUUCGAUCAAGAUAAGUAAUUUGUAAGAUAUUAGCGCGUAAUCGAUUACGCUGCUUCCCAUCUUGGAUAUAAAUGUAUAUUCUGCACAGUCGUCAACCUGCUCAAGACCAUUUAAAAUGGUCAGAUGGUGUGAGGCUACAAAAGGUGCUAGACAAAUUCCUCCAGUAUUAAUUUUUGGAUCUUUCGAUUUUCUAGAAAAGGGGAAAGCAGAGUGGUCACAGUCCUCACCACGCCAUAAUUUAGAUGCGAGCAAAGCGUUGUUAUUGGGACCUAUCCUUGCAUUAAAAUCACCCAUUAUUUAUCAGAUGUGCAUGAGGAUGGGCCAUUUCUAAUUCUAGUAUGUAUUGAUCUAACUCCUCCCAACGCUUUUCUGUGGAGAUACGCGUCAGCGUAGGAGACAUAUAUACAUUAACAAGCAAUAAAGAAACCGCCUCAAAGGAUAUUAGAGCUGCCAUCACGGAGGAAUCCAGGGGUCGAAGAUAGAAUAUUUGAAUAUCCAAGGAAGUGGGAAAGAAAAUCGCCAUACCCCCUUUUGCUGUGCCUUUCGUUGGGGGUAACGCUGGAAGAUGUGCAGUAGAAAAGCCAUUUAAAUAGGGUUUGUAGGUAAUCCAAGUCUCCUGAAGAAGGAUGAUAUCGUAGCUCGAAAGGUAAGUGAUCCAUUCUUGAUCAGUUGACUUAGCAUUCCAUGCUGCGAUGUUCCAUGAGAGAAAAUGUAAAGAGCGAUUAAAUGAAGAGACAGGAUUGGGAGCCUUUGGGGAUGAAAAGUAAGCAUUUGAAAAAGUAGGGGCUUCGUAAUUAAGUGUUGCAGGAGGUUGUCAAUUAAGCUCCAUUAUUUGGUUUAAGGAACCUGCAGCAUCGCUGAAAAUCGCUCCAUUGUUGAUACGAAGAAGUUGCUUUUGUGAAUACUGACGAAUUCAUUUUCCCCGACAGAGAUCCAAGUUCAUUAGGGUACAGAAAUCUUGAUCUAACCCAUUCCUCACCUGCUUGUAAGGGAGUGUUUGCUUUAUGAUUUCUUAUAGAACCGGCGCACGUGUUUUGCUGAGGGCAUUCUGGCUUUGACAAUUUGGUGGGUGGCGACAUUUCUGCUGUACUUUUAGCCUGCGACGACGUUCUAAGUCGAUGUAUCAAAUGUAGAAGCCUGUUGAUUAACGACACUCUUUCUGGCUCAGGUAAUGAAGAGUAUAGUUCCGCAAGCUGACUUUCCUCAGGUUCCAAUUCCUGAGAUAGUACCCCUGGUGAUUGGAAAUAAUCCCCCUUCUCAUAUUGGCUAGUUGCUUUAGCAAUAAGCUCACACAUGGAUGGUGAAUGAACAGUAUUACUUGUUUUGAUAUCUGAUGACAAGAAACUGCAAUGCGCUGAUUGCAUGGAAGGUAUUUCCAAUGGAGUAGGAGUAGACGUAUCUAAAUAGUAUCUCUGCACAGAGAAUCCCAUUUUACCCAGGGAGUUCCUUAAAUGAAGGAUUUGUUUAGCUACAUCACGGGAGUGGCAGGUAAUAACCACACGCCAUUUGUAAGGAGUAAAAGGUAGAAUUUUCAUAGAUCUUAUGAAGCUCAUACGUCUGGAGGCACACAUGGCUUUACCGAUGCAAACAUCCAAGAAAAGGAUGCUUGGUAUCGAGUAACACCGCUCAUUAACUUGAGUCAAUGAACUCGACCAUUACAAAGCGCCAUAAGCCUCCAGCAAUUUCCUUUCAAAGAAAACGGAACCUGGGUUAGCCCCUGGAACUUCUCACUACUUGGAGAAGGUUGGUGAGUUCAACAGUAUUAUGCGAGAAAAGAAAGUCUAAAACCAUUUGGUCAUUUCUUUAACUGCGGGUUUGCAUUAUAUUAUAAACAGGACUUGGGGAUAUGGCUUAUUCAAUUAUAGCCAGGGCCUGGGAUUUUUCAACAAGCAGAAGUUUAUUUUUGAGAUCAGGUGUUGGGCAAAUUGAGUGUGCCUGCAGCAGGAGGGCUUAUCUCCCUUCUGUGAUGAGUUAUUUUGCUCUAACAUAAUUGUGACUGUUUGUGCAUCUAGUAAUUUGCUGAACCCUACAAAGCCCUUGUCAUCUGUAAUAUAGCACAAGGCGGUUAUGUUCACAAGCUGAUUGUGUCACUCCAUUUAAAAGCCUUUUAAAAAUAAGAAGAUACAUUUACAAGAGCGACUCUAUUCUCUCCCCCACACACACCAAAAUAAAGCUUACAUACACAGAAAUACACAUAUGCAAAUCCCACCUUCUCAUCCUUUUCCUCUCAUUUCUCUUAUUGUUUUGAAGAUUUCGGUGGCUGGGUAUUCAAUGCUAAUCCUACUCAGAAAAGAUCCAUUGAAGUUAAAAGACACGACUGACAUGGAUUCAUUAAUUUCAGUGGGUCUGCUUUGCAUAGGCCUUUGUUGAAUACAACCCUUAUAUUGUGAGUUCCUUGGAACAGAGACUUGCCUUCUGUUGUUGUUCAUGCUAUUUUGUAAAGGGCUGUGUUUGUUCAUUGAUGACAUUCUGUAAAUAAAAGAAAAAGAAAACAAUCACAAUCUCAGAA